AUGUGGGAUUACAUAUAUUUCGCAUGUAUUCGACGUGGGCGAUUAGAAAAACAGGUUUUCGUCAAGGGCCUAGGAUCUUCGAAACAGUGUAUCGGACACUCAUGCGGUAGACGACGACGUGAUACAGCCAGUCGUAUUGUUAAACGUCAAUUAACAUCAACAACAAAAUGGUGUGUUCUCUUCUGUACAGCAUAUCAAAUUAAACAAAUCAAAACAAUUUUAAACUCAAAUGUGACAUUAACUAUUUUAUCAGAAUAUCGUUAUGAAUGUGGUGCCGCUCUUGGACGGCAAACAGUGACAAUGACAUUAGAAAGUUAUAAUCAUACAAUUAUAGAAUCAUUUGGUGAGUAUUAUCCUAUAGUUAACACAUUUAUCUAAUAAACUAUACGGUUUUUAAUUGAAUUAUUAGUGCCCAUUUCAAGUAUCAUUCAAUUUACUGAUCCUUGUGUCACAAGUAAGCGACACAUUUCUACUUUAAAGUUUUAUUUUGAGAAAUAAUGAUUGAACAUCAAAUUAAAUCGCAGUUUCAUAUUCUUAAACUUCUUCUAACACAAACAUUGUUAUAGGGUAAUUCUGUCGGUACUGUCCCACACGUUACAUGAAGAUCUGCCGCAAAAAUCACGACAGAUCUCAUUUGAACGAACAUUUAAUGCUGAGUAAGGCUUCGCCAUUUAAAAACUUUUAAAACUUUGAGAUGAGGUUCUGGGGAGAUCCGACAUUUGGGGAUUUUAUAGGUUCCAAGACGCAAUUCAUACAUAAUUAUCUCAGAAAUGACAAAACGCGACAAAUCUGAGUGUGCCGUAAUGCUUGUGAAAGAUGGCCCUCAGCAGACUUACAGGAGCGAUAUGAAAAAUUAAAAACUAUAUUUCUAGCUAAAAGUAAAGAUGAGGAAUCUGAUACGCAUAUUACUUUUGAGUUUAGAGUUCUGUUUGAUGGCGAAAGACGUAUUUCAAUACGAUGGAUUUUCAUGAUUUCACCAUCUCAGGACAAGUACAAUAGAGAAAUGACGCAUCUUGAAAUGUUUUUAAAUGAGUCAAUUUCUACCUUGUUGUCUCUAGUCUAUAUCCUGAAGCGUUCAGGUUUGUCGCUUUUGUCAUUUCUGAGAUAAUUAUGUAUGAAUUGCGUCUUAGAACCUAUAAAAUCCUCAAAUGUCGGAUCUUCCCAGAAUCUCAUCUCAAAGUUUUAAAAGUUUUUAAAUGGCGAAGCCUUACUCAGCAUUAAAUGUUCGUUCAAAUGACAUCUGUCGUGAUUUUUGCGGCAGAUCUUCAUGUAACGUGUGGAACAGUACCGACUGACUUACCAUAUGAUAAUUAAUUACUUUUUCUUACAUAUAGGUACUUCAAGCAAUGGCACAAAUAUUACUUCGGUCGGUUAGGCAACAACACUUUUAUUUUUACCGUAGAGAGGAAAGUAGUUUGUUUCGAACGAUGGAAAAAAAGAUCAAACGUCCUCUGCAGUUACGCUAUCUUGUUUUAUAAGCUUUCCCCGUCGAAACAAGGUUUUCAGUACCUUGACCUACUCGAUUCUUUAACUGUAAUUAGUGUUUACUAGGAUUUUUUCUUCUAUUUUUACCUUGUUAUUUUGCGAAACCGCGAGAGUGAAAGUUGUACCAAUAACUUUUCGUUAGAGAAAAUAUGACAAGAAUUUACAUUUUUUACAUGUAGACGAAGUAUACAUUUAAGUAAAUACAUGUAUCAUUAUUUAGGGUAUCAAUAUUUUUGAUCUCCUUAGAUCAUAAUGGUUUUAUCAAGUUUUUUUGUAAUUAUAGAUAAAUAUUUUUCCUUCAUAAGAAACUUUAUUUAUUUAUUUCCAAACGUUUCGAUUGACUAGUUCAAUCCUCAUCGGUGGAUACAAACAAUUAAUUAAAUUAAAAUACACAAAUUGAACAAAAUUUCUCUUUUUAAAAUAAAAUACAUAGGAACUCCGGACAUUGUGAGAUGAUAAUGACCAUAUGUUUAUUCAACACAAAAAAGGAUAACUACCGAAUGUCUUCCACUAAGAAAAACGGUUCGUAUUUAUAGGUUAGAGAGAGAGAUGAGAAGAGAAGAGAAAAUCGUA